AUGGCGCAAAGCUACGCUGGAGUGGCCGCCCCGGCGGCGGCCGCCGCCGAAGCCGCCGCCGUCGCCCCCGUGGCUCGCCGCCUGGUCGUCCCCGAGGACGACCCGCCCCCCUGCCUGCGCUGCGUGCGGGCUGCCGCACGUGGCGAGGCGGGGGUGGCUUGCGCUACCAAUGCGAGGCGCCUGGUUUGCGCCAGGUGCCAGCGCGGCCGCCACCCUUGCCUCAGGGUUGAAGAGGGGCACCUGACACUCAACUGA